UCACAGAGUUCUUGUUCUCUUAUGACAUCAUUUUUCCACAUCACCAAACUUAGGCCCUGGCAAGUCACAGGUGGGAGAAAUGUCUAUACCAAGAUUCCUAAAAGUAACAUAUGGAGCAUACGAUAAUUAUAUUCCAGUCAGUGAAUUAAGCAAAAAAUCAUGGAAUCAACAAUACUUUUCCCUGGCAUUUCCCAAACCACCAAGGCCAGGAAAGAAACGGAGAUCACUACCUUCCCAGUUACAGAAAAAUAGAGCUCCUGUAAUUGAUGAAGAAAAAUUAGGAAUUCACAGACCACCACUAUGGAUGCACCGUUCCCUGAUGAGAAUAUCUGAGAGACCAUCCGUUUAUUUAGCUGCCAGGAAAAACCUUCCACCCAAAUCCCCUCGUUUUGGCAGGGGAGAGUCUAAAAGAGUGGGCACACCCAAGUCUUUGGCUUCAGAAAAGACAAAGAAAGAAACGAAACUGAAAAAAGAUGAAUUUGAAGCAAAAGAGAGGACAGGAUUAAAGACAGACAAGGCAGAAAGUCCCAAAGCAGUUGCAAAGAAAAUUUCAAAAGAUUCACAAAAGGGAAAAACAUCUUCCGAAUCUGAAGGAGAAAAGGCUGGUGUGAAGAAGGAAUCCAAGAAAGCUAAAAAAGACGCAAAGGGUAAAGAUUCGGCCUCAGAAUCUGGAAGUGAAAAGCCUGCUUCGAAGAAGGCAGCCAAGGCCAGUACUAAAAAAGGCGCGAAAGGUAAAGAUUCGGCCUCAGAAUCUGAAGGUGAAAAGCCUGGUGCGAAGGAAUCCAAGGCCAGUAUUAAAAAAGGAGCGAAGGGUAAAGAUUCGGCCUCAGAAUCUGGAGGUGAGAAGGCUGGUUCAAAGAAGGAAACCAAGCCCACUAAAAAAGCCUCAAAGGAUAAAACUUCAGCUUCAGAAUCUGGAGGUGAGAAGGCUGGAUCGAAGAAGGACUCCAAGGCAGAUACAAAAGGCUCAAAGGGUUCAGAAGGAACAGUUGUAAGUACAGCAGCUGACAAAGAUGGAGAAAAGAAAGAAGAAAAACCCCCUGUUAAACAAGAUUCAAAAGCCAAAAUUAUAGUUACAGAUUCUGCAAGUGAAGUGGGAGAUGUAAAGAAAGAGGGCAAGAAGAAGGAAGGGAAAAAGGAGAAGAAGCAAAAAGGAGAUGGAGAAGGAAAAGAGGGUGGUAAGAAAGAGAAGAAAGAGAAGAAGGACAAGAAGGACAAGAAGGACAAGAAGGACAAGAAGGACAAGAAGGACAAGAAGGACAAGAAAGACAAGAAAGACAAGAAAGACAAGAAAGACAAGAAAGACAAGAAAAAGGCAAAGUAGGUCUUGGUUCAAAAAGCAAACUGAAGAUAAGAACUCCAAACCAUAUUCAGUGAACCCAUGUCAGUAGUCUUAACAUUCAUCUGUGAGAUAAAAGAAGUGUACAAAGAUUAACCAAAUCAUUUAUUAAAGAGAAAAAAAUUACAGGGUAAAAUGAAAAUAUACUCAUGGAAUUAAAAAAGAACUAAGAAAACUUCAUAGGAUUCAUCAAACAAUGUGGAAGAUACCUAUUUUAAAUUUGUAGCUAUGGAGGUUUAAAAGUAAAAAUCACUAGAGAGAUUCAAAGAAUAUACAAGUAAGAAGGCAUAAAAAAAACGAUUAGGAAACAAGCAACAAAACACCCCACAAUAUCCCAUAAGGACUUUGUUUGAAAAAAUAGAAAAAAAGCUUACAAAAAGCCUUGGUGCUGUCUCUAGAUUUACUGAUGUGCAGCUGAGCUUGUACACUUAAGAAGCACAGUAGCUAAGAGAAGCAAAACAAUGCUUAGAUAAUAGAGUAUGGAUUGAGUAAAUAUCAAAAAUAGCUUCACAAGGAAAACACAUAGAAGAGAAAGAAGAAAGAAAAGGAGUGAGUGUGGAAGGAUGAAGGCAAAGAUGGAAGAAAAGAUAAGAGAGGAAAGACCAUCAUCCAUAGGAAAAAGAGAAAGGACACCUUGAGUUUGUUUACAGGGCCAUCUGAGUUUCAAGUGACCACUUGUAAUCCCUGAUGAACAUUUUUGAUGUAGGAUGAAGCUACUCAUUGACAUCAAAGGAUGUCCUAAUGGCAUCUUCAAAUCAAAAUGACUGCAAUAGAACACUUGAUAUGACCACCAGAGACUAUUGUUUCCCAAAUCUCGAUUCUGCAAUUUAAGCCAGGGUAUCUUCUAAAGCUGGCAAUGUCCAUCAUGAUUGGCAGAGGUGUGAACUUGCUGUUUUUACCAAGUCUGCAAUGAGAAAUCAGAGAAGAGGAGGAAGUCAGGUUGGGCUAUCAAACUUCCAGAAUGUGGAAAGGAAAGAAGAUGAUGAAAUCAAAGAGAUAACACCAGCUCUAAAAAUGAGAAGCAGAAAAAAAACCCAAAAAAACAAAAAGAAAAAGAAAAAACAACAGAACUUUAUUAAGGCCAUUUAAGAAGUACAGCAGAACCCUGGCAAUGAAGACAUUGUAUAGUUUUAUCCAAAAUCUAUGAAAUUAUUUAUUCUGAUAUUACCAGUAAAGAAAAGAAACCAGAAGGAGAGUAAAGCAGAAGACACCGUUAGCACGGAUUUCCAUGGUGACAUAUAAAGCCACAUAACUCUCCUAAUUCACCUCUAAAAUUGCCUUCUUAUUUUAUUCUUUGCCUAUUUCUCAGUGGGUCUACGAGUAGGAACAUCCACAGUUUGCAGGUAUACUAUGAAGAACUUCCCAUUAUGGAAGAGUGCAACAUUUCAUUCUCAUCAUUAUCUUCAUGUCUGUGAAGUUGUCAGGCAGCUCUAAUUUUGAAAGGAAUGAAUUUUAACAUCAGAUGAGAACAUCCAUUAAAACAUCUCUCCAUGGA